AUGACUGGCAGGAAAGAUAAUGGCAAACCAAACCUGAAUUACGAACAGAUGAUUGGUGACCAGUUUGACCUAGAGCCAGGACUGACACUCACCGUCAGCCACCACUCCUGUCAUUGGUUGUCAGCAGAAAACCUUUUACGAAUCCUAAUUAAAUUCCAAAGACAAUUAAAACAAGUGGGCCCUGGCUGCCUUAAUGAGGGACUUGCACACAGGCGCACCACACUACCGCCUCUAACAGACUAUAGACCCCCGGCCAGCUCAAUACGGCGCGAGGUUCUUCCGAGAGCGGACGUUCAGGAAAUUCGCAAGUUGAGUAUUAUGGAUGGGAGGAAGACCUGCCUGAUGGUGGUCUCACUCGUGGCCACAGUUGGGUGUUGUUCAGGGUUCCUACAGUCUCCUGAAGGUCAAGAAUUCUUCACCGCCUACGUCAGUGCUAUUGAUGUUAUGGGUAUCAACAUCUUCCUCCCAGCUAACAGGCAAGGUGAGGUGGUGCCCGUGGGUAUGUUGCGGGCACUAUGGUUGCAGUCACCUCUGAGCGUGGCCCUGCAGCAGGUAAGGAGCAGUAAGGAGGUGAAGACGACCCUGGAGGCACUCAACUCAAACACCCUCAACGUGGCCUUCCUCAACACCCCCGAGGACCUGAGUCUGUUUGUCGAGGUGACACUGGCGUCCUUGGUGAGGCGACACUUGUGGUUGGUGAUGGGGGACACUCGCCUGGUGACAGACGGUGACCACAAGCCUCGACUACCCCUCGAUAACUUAGUGACUUUCGCUACCGUUAACACCACCAACUUGACCAAGGUGGACCUGGUGGAGGUGUACAGCGUGAGUGAUGACCUACCAUACACCAUCCGACAGUUUGGGUCGUGGCGAGCUGGUGGACCCGUCAGGCUGUCUCAAAAGGACUGGAGUGACAGACGAUCUAACCUCACUGGACUUCACCUGAGAUGCGUUACCUUACCUCAACAGCCCUUUACCUACCUUAGUGAGCCAGACUCCCAGAUGAACGUACAAAUCACAGGAGGUUAUACCAAGGAUGUGUGGGACGCCCUUCAAGAGAUUCAUGGCUUUACGUACUCAUGUCGUGUGCCAGAGGAUGGUAAAUGGGGAGCUCUGAGUGACGGUAAAUGGAACGGCUUAGUGCAGGAGAUGGUGGAACAAAGGGCCGACGCGGUGGUGUCCUCCCUCGACCAUACAGGCGCCAGGGCCAAAGCUGUACACUUCGUCACGGGGCUGAGAGAAGUGGGGUACCGGUUAGUAGUGAGGCGGCCAGGCCUGAUGGACCAGACCUGGACGAGCUUCACGAGUGAGCUUCUCCCUGAUGCUUGGCUCGGCACCAUGGCCUUCGUCCUCCUGGCUCCUCCCUGCCUCGUCCUCUGUGCCCACUACUCUCCCUUAGAGACGGAGAAAGUCACCCUUAAAGAUGCCUAUAUUCUCGCCGUUGGGGCUUUUGCUAUCCAAGGGUCGUGGCUGGACGUCAGAAGCAUCUCAUCUCGUAUAGUCUUCAUCACCAUCUUCCUGGCGACGCUUGUGGUCUACGCUCACUACACCAGCGCUCUCGUCUCCCUCCUCACCGUCGCCUCCACCAACACCGGGUUCUCUACUCUACAGGCGCUGCUCCAGGAUGGUUCUUUCCAGUUUGGUUUCAUAUCUGGAACAUCCUUAGAGGUGGAGUUCAGGAACGCUGAUCAGUGGCUCUUCAAGGAGGUGUGGGAGAGACUGGUGGUUCCUGACCCUCUUAACCUGGUCACCACUCACCAGGAGGGCAUCAAUAAGGUGAUCAACGAGCGGUACGUGUAUAUGAUGGAAGAGAAUGAAUUUAGAGCAAUGAUCGGUAACCAGUGUCAGGUGGUGUUAACGAAGAGUCAGUACUUCUCCACACAGACGGGGUUCGCUGUGGCCACUGACUCACCGCUGAAGAAGGUCUUUGAUACACAGCUUCACUGGAAGGUGGUAGGCGGGACCAAGGCUGCGAGGAGUAAACAGCUCUUCUCACAAGCCCUCAGUCAGGGUCUACAGGGAGACUCAGACGCCACGAAGGAGACGACUCAGAGGAACACGAACCCUAUAAGAGUUGCCCACCUACAGGAACCGGGGGAGUUCAUCACAGAUCGAGGCUUUCGUCAAUACACCUCUCACCUGCGCUAAUGGAUGAUUUACCUUGAAUUAUUAAUAUUUUGUUCUUUUCCUUCUGUACAUUCCCGUUCAUCUUUUUCAGUGACAACUAACCCAACCCAACCUGAUGUAAUUAGUCUCGUGUUAGUUUCUAUAAAGUGAACAUGUUACAAAUUACAACUGUUAGAGAGACGACGUGUUGGAAAUAUAGAUCAUCAUUA